AUGAAUCAAGUUGAUGCUGUUAGGAAGAACGAUGGAGAUGGGAUCAAGAAUGAUACUGAAUUGAAAAAUGACGGUUCUCAUUCUCCUUCCGCUAAUGAUGUUCAAUCGCAGGAAGAUAAUGUCGAUGCUGCUGCUAACAAUUUGUCAGAUGUGGAUUGGUUUUUAAAGAAUGAAGCUUUGAAAUAUGGUAAUGGGAAAGAGGAUAUAGAAUCCGGUAACAAGAACGAUGACAGUACCAAGAACAAUGACAAUACCAAUGAUAACGGUAGCAGUAGUACUACUAAUAAUAAUGGUAACAACAACAAUAAUAAUAACACUAUUAAAGAUUCUAUUGCUAGAGCUGCCGUGGCCAUCGCGACCGCAUUUGGAAGCGAUAAUGACAGGAAAAAGGACAAACACAGUGACCGUGAUAAGAAAAAUCUAAGAAAUCAAAGAAAAUCUAAGAAGUCAUCAAAGAGAGAUUUAGACCAUGAUAGCGAAAUUGCGGAAGGUAGUUCGGAAGAUGAGGAUGAAAAAGUUAGAAAGAAGCUGAAAUCUAUUAGAAACGAAGAAUUAUCAAAUCAAUUGAAAGAUGACCAAGAUUCUAUGGUUGUCGAUCCAGAACUAGCAACUCUAGAUGAAGUUGAUGAAUCAAAUAAAGAUGAAUUGAAAUUGAAUGAAAAGGAUUCCGCUGCAACCAAUUCAGAUGUUGAAUUGAAUAGUAUUAACGCUAAUGAAAACCUUGUAAGAAAAGCAAUCAUAGAAUCAGACUCUAUUAGUCAAAAUCCUGAUUUCCAACAAUAUCUAAACACAGAUGGUGGAGAUCAUGACAAUCAUAAAAAUAAAAAGCUAGAUCUUGAAGCUGCUGCUGUUUAUGCUCAUGCUCAAAUUGCUUCCCUCGAGGCUGAACAUAAAGAUAUUAAAAAUAAUAAAUCAAAUAAAGAGUCAAAGCAAGAAUAUCGUGAAGUUUUGCCAAAAGAUGGUGAAUCAGCAGAUUAUGAUUUAAUGGGCGAUAUGUCUGAACUAAUCAAUAGUGCAGCAGCAAAGGCUUCAGAAACUAUUCCUGCAUCAUCUCAAACUAGUGGGAAAUCAUUUGAUAGUUCAGAGGAAUCUGCUUUAGAACAAUUUGUAGAUGAAUAUCAAAAAAUAAAAGGCAUGACUAGACGUGAUGUUUGUGAAAGAAUUUGGAGCAAUGAACGUCGAAAGGACGAUUUCUGGAUUAAUAUUUGCAAAGUUUUACCUUACAGAACAAGAUCAUCUAUUUAUAAACAUGUUCGUAGAAAGUAUCAUAUUUUCGAACAAAGAGGUAAAUGGAACGCCGAAGAAGAAAAAGAACUAGCAAAAUUAUGUGUGGAAAAAGAAGGACAAUGGUCAGAAAUUGGUAAAGCCUUAGGUAGAAUGCCAGAAGAUUGUAGAGAUCGUUGGAGAAAUUAUGUGAAAUGUGGUCCAAAUAGAUCCUCUCAUAAAUGGUCUGCAGCUGAAGAAACACAAUUGAAAGAAGUUAUCGAAGCCAUAUUAAAUGAUAAUAAUCUACAAAAUGAAAAAUACAUACAGGAACAAUCUGAUCAAGCAAGAGAUCGUGGGGUCAGUGGUGAUGCUCUAGAAAACUUAAUCAAGAGUUACAGAAGUCAAUUAGAAUCUAAACCAUUUAAAGAUAUCAUCAAUUGGACAAUUGUAAGUGAAAAGAUGGGUGGAACCAGAUCUCGUAUCCAAUGUCGUUACAAGUGGAAUAAAUUGAUGAGAAAAGAAGCCUUAGAAAAGGUAGAUUCUAUGUCCGGCUCUGAUAAAAAAUGGAUUUUACAGAAAUUAGCUGAUUUAGGAUUCACAGAGGAUUCGCAGGUUGAUUGGGAAGAACUAGCCGCUUUGAAACCAGAUUUAAACUUAAACGGUUCAGAAGUGAAAUUAAGUUAUGAAAAAAUGAGAAGUAAAAUUAAGAAUAUUAAGGAUAAAACCAUAAAUGAUAUUUCAAAGGAAUUAUUAGUAAAUUUUGAAGAUCAUUUUGCUAACAAAUAA